AGAGAUUAUGAUUUGUAAUCUUUUCAUUUAUCUACGACGGUGUAAUCUCCUAUAUAAGGAACCUCUAUGUUAUGAAUAAAGAUAGAUUUUUCCAUUACUUUUAUAACAAUUUCUUUGUCACAUAAACUCAAUUUUGCUAUUGUUAUACUAUUGCUAAAUUAGUAUAUACUAUCAGAAGAAUGAAAGGUGAGAAAUGUCUUGGUAUGCUGUUCUUGGAGAUACAAGAGCACAAACACAUAUUUAUCAACUAGUCUAGUUGCAAUCAUGAACACUGUAUUGUGUAUAUAUACGAACUCACCAGCUUUAGUUCAUAUGUACCUAACCAAAAUUACCAUUGAACUAGAUCCACUCCUUUUCUGUCUCUAUAUAUAUAGAUCCACUCUAUCAUUCAUUCACACAGAAACAUACUACUAAAUCUAAAAAAUAAAGCCAAAAAAUUAUUUCUUCAUUAAAUAAUUAAUAUCUAAUAUUAUCAAAUCAGAUAUACGGAAUGGCACAUCCAAGGAUCCCCAUUUCAACUAUUUGCUUAUUGCUUUGUAUUGUAGGUUUUGUCUCGCAAUCUUGUGAAGCUAGAAAGGUUGUAAUGCCUUACGACGCAAGCAAGGGAUUGUUUCUUAGUGUUUUACCGAAGGGCAAUGUGCCACCUUCGGGUCCAAGCGACAAGGGUCACACUUCUCCGCCUAAGGAUUAUUCCGAUCAACAUAUGGUUCAGGGAAACUCGCUAGAGAUUUACCGCCAACUAGGAUCGGUCCCUAGCCCCGGCGUUGGUAAUUAGGCACUUAUAUCACCGGGUUAUAUUGUCGAUUUCAUUUCAUAAUAUUAUCAUAUAUUGUAAGUCGUCUAAUGAUUAAUGUUUGUGUGUCUUCAUAAAAUGAUAUGGUGCCGGCUAUAUAUUGAAAUAGAUGUGUUAUGUGUGAUCUGUAGUUGAGUAAUAAAACCACUAUCUUACACUUUUAAUUUUUCUGUAUGUUUUGGCAUAUGGUAUCGUACAUGUAUGUAAAGAGAUUUAAAACUGAAAAAAUACCUUUUUAAAUGAUAUUGUUCAUGAUUUUUUUUUAUUUUUCGAGUGCUAUAUUUUACAAAAUCUAUUUGUGGGCAUAUUACAUUACAUCAUUUCCAGCUAGUAGUGUAAUAGUUAAGCUUACAGUAUAAGUUCACAAAUUUAAUUAAGUCCAAAGAUUAUAGUUAUACUAAAGAUUGUAAGGGACAAGUUUUUAACAAAAGAAAGAAAGAUUCAGGACCAUCCGUUUAGACAUAUAUAACAUGAACAUUUGACUAGUGCCCACUAUGACUAGUGCCCACUAUAAUCGAGAUAAUAUAAAUAGGUUGCGUUUGCGUACGUAAACUAAAUUCAUCAGUAAGGAAGCUAAUGUAUAAUCCUAUAGCUUUUAAAGUGAAUAAGCUUUGCUUUGGCACCUUUCUGGACAAAAGCUUAUGAAUUGACAACAAUCGAUAAAAAGUUGUCUAGUUUACGUAAGAGACGUCUUCCUCUGACCUGUUAGACGUUUUUCUUCUAUGAAUAGAUUCAGAGUUUGAAAAAGAGAAGAAAAAGGAAAAUGAAAAAGACAUGCAAUAAUAUAAUUAGGAACACCAUUAUUGCUUAUCUCCGGGAUUAUACUAUUUAAGUUAAAUAACUAAGGCCCUGUUCGUUUGUACAUCUGAAAGAUGCAUCCAAAUGGCCAUCUAGAUGUCUUAUCCAGAUGCUUCAUCUGAGUGUUGUUCGUUUCUUCAUUUCAUUUAUGCAUCCAGAUGAAUCAUCUGAAUGUAACUAUGUUUGUUUGCUUUUCAUUUUUAACUUGCAUCUACAUCCAGGUGGACUUGUUAAUAAAAUGACUAAAAUAUAUUUUCUUACGUUUCGGCGGAAAAAUAGCAUUUUUAAGGUUUUGGCGGAAAGUAUUUUUACUGUUUUUAAGGAAAAUGUGUUUUUGAUGGAAAAUGUAUUAUUGUGGUUUUGGUGGGAAAAUACGUUUUUGCGGGUUUGGCAGAAAAUAUGGUUUUGCUGUUUUGGUGAGAAAAGUGUGAUUUUGCGGUUUUGACGGAAAAUAUGUUUUUGAGGAAAAAGUGUGUUUUUGCGGGUUUGACUGAAAAGUGUUUUUUUUUUGCGAUUUUGGCGGAAAAUGCAU